AUGGUUGUAAUGCGCUACCUCAUUAUUCUGUUGCCAUUAGCACACUGCUUUGCCUGCAGUAUUGUGUGUGCUGAUACUACUGCAGUGCUGAAGGAAGAUGGUGCUAAGGCUAAAGCUGAGGAAGAUCAUGUUCAUUCUGAUGGUGGUCCUUGCAGUGAUGAUGCCACUUCUUGUCCUCCUGGUAGUCCUCUUAAACCUGCUUCUCCUCCUACUCCUGCUCUUUCUGGUCAACCACAACCACCUCACGGUCCUGUACCUCCUGUUCCCCAAGGCGAACCAGGACUUGCUGAGAAUCGAGUUUCUACUGCAUCUAGCUCUCCUGUUCUAGGCAAUCCUGGGCAGGCGGCAGGGACGUUAAGAGGUCAGGAUGCAAAAAAUGGAGUGGACCACCGUGAAGAUGAGAACUCUGUUGACGGCGGUACGAAAGAAGGUCUCGUCGCAACAGGGCAGAAAGAUAAAUCACAUGAUGAGAGUGAGGAAGAAAAUAAAGAAUUAAAGGAUGCUCACAAACAGGAACAGGGUCCUUCCAUUGGCGAUAGACCAAGUGCUGAGGAACCUGUUUCCCAAACUGAUGCAAGGGGUACUACACAAUCAACAGGGACAUCAACUGAUGGUUCGCAUUCAGAAGAACCUCCUGCUCCCCCAGAGCAAAAGAAUACAGGUGAAGCUUCUUCUGGCAGUUCAACUGCGGAGAAUACUGUGGGUUCAGAUGCUGCAAACAAUGUAAGUAACGUUGCUUCUGCAGAGAGUGAAUCAACAAGAAACCAAAAUGAAGAAGGCGCAGGAGGUACAGAAACUACCACCACCACCACCACAACAACAACAACACUUCCUCCUGAACUCUCAAACAACAAGAAGGGUGAUGCAGACAGCAGCAGCAGUAUCAGCAGUUCUGUGUGGGUGCAUGUACCACUACUGAUUGUGGUUACACUGGCCUAUAUUCUUGUGUGCUGA